GUCUCGGCGUUUUGCUCUUUGCUCAGAACUCUGAUUUCAUUUCUCUUUCCCAAAUAAAUGGCAGCUGGAUUGAUUCGGCGAGCAAUUUCCGGCUCAAGGGUUUCUACAUCGCCAACGGCGAGGCUCGUCCUCGCUCGCUUCCAUGCCAGCGAGGCCGAGGCACAGAAGGUGGAGCCUAAGGCCUCCGGUAGCUCGAACCUCAAGACGUUUCAAAUCUACCGGUGGAAUCCGGACAAUCCCUCCAAGCCCAAGCUCCAGGACUACCAGAUCGAUCUCAAGGAAUGUGGACCUAUGGUUCUCGAUGCCCUAAUCAAGAUCAAGAACGAGAUCGACCCGACUCUCACUUUUCGUCGAUCUUGCCGGGAAGGAAUUUGCGGCUCCUGUGCGAUGAACAUCGAUGGCUGCAACGGCCUUGCCUGUCUCACGAAGAUACCAUCCGGACCAGAGUCGACGAUUACACCGUUACCCCACAUGUUUGUAAUUAAGGAUCUUGUAGUGGACAUGACCAACUUCUACAACCAGUAUAAGAGCAUCGAGCCGUGGCUCAAGAGAAAGAAUCCGCCAUCGGUCGCUGGGAAGGAGAUUCUUCAGAGCAAGAAAGAUAGAGCGAAGUUGGAUGGCAUGUACGAGUGCAUCCUCUGCGCCUGCUGUAGCACAUCCUGCCCAAGUUACUGGUGGAAUCCUGAGUCUUAUCUGGGCCCUGCUGCUUUGCUGCAUGCAAACAGAUGGAUAAGCGACAGUCGUGAUGAAUAUACCAAGGAGCGAUUGGAAGCAAUAAACCAUGAGUUUAAGCUCUACCGUUGCCACACCAUAUUGAACUGUGCCCGUGCAUGCCCAAAGGGCCUGAACCCAGGGAAGCAAAUCACGCAUAUCAAGCAGCUUCAGCUGAUGGGUGGCGUUUAAGGUCUUUGAGGGAAGCAUCACGUUACCAGUUGCACUGGAAUUUUUUGUUGGGAGGACCUAUCACCUAUAUGCUUGGAGUUAAUAUUCUGUGAAAUAAUUAUAAUCUUGUACUUAAAUUUCAUAUUGAAGAAAGAAGAAUGUUUUAGUUUUCCCAAAUAAAUGUCAAUGAUCAAUCUGCUUAAGGUUCUUCGUAAAUAACUUUCACAUAGAAGAUCUCACCGUCCUACCUUACCUUGGUUACAGAUUUUUUCUGAGCAGGUGCCUUUUAUAUGGGUUGGGGGAUGGGGUUAGCCAAGCGCGGGCCUUGCGGUUGGAGCAUGAGCCAGACAACAAAGUGAACGAACUGCUCUGGUGGCUGGGAUCACCCUAGUCCCAGAUUUAACACAAAAAUGGAUCAGAAUAGAUUCUUCAGUAGGCUCUUCUAGUCAUCAGAUUUUGAAAAAUAUAGAUUGCAGAAUGUUUAUGUCGAUUUAUGAUGUCUUUCCAUUCCAAUUUUGUUCACGAACAAGGGUGAUGUCUAUCUUUUGAACAAAACAAAAAUGAAUAGAAUAUAAAUUAUGGUUAAUGUU